CGCUAGCCUCGGACGAAUCGAGUCAGCUAAGCAAAGCUAGCGACUGCGCUGCGAGUUGCGAGCGAGCCCAACCCAAUCAACCCAUGGUCGUUUGAGAGCUCGCUUUGCGUUUGCGUAGCCCUGCAAUAACGCAAACGCAUCUUGUUUCUUCUUCACAUUCACAUCAAUAUAAGCUCGUGUUUUAUUUUUCCAAGAAUUUUCGUUUGUGUUGAAUUGAAACGUGUGUUCAGUCAGUGUUAUUAUGAUUUUGGUUUAAAGCUUGCGACGUAGAAAAAGUUGUUUUGCGUCGCCGGUGUUAUACAAGCAAGAAUAUGAAUGACAAUGGAUGCAUUCACUUGAAUAAUUUUAAGGCAGCCAAAGGAUCUAAUCCUUACAAAAUAGUGCAUGCAUUUUUCGUGUCUUGCACCUCAUUAGAAGCUAGAAGAUACAAGGCCACAUCAUGUCUGUGUUUCACAUGUGGUCAGCCCGGGCCCCGCAUGCACUCCUGCCUUCAUUGCAUAUUCUUUGCCUGCUAUGCGGGCCAUAUCCAGGACCAUUCAAAAACCAAAAAGCAUUUUCUCUAUGUUGAUUUAAGCUAUGGAAAUAUAUUCUGUGCUCAAUGCCAGGACUACAUUUACGACAGAGAAUUGGCUGAAAUUGCUUUGAGUCAUCGGCUAAAAGAAGCAAAGUCACUAGGCAUUGGUGCGCCGUUCAUGCCAUGGCUGCCGAACGCAAACGAAGCGACGGCGCUGCGGCGCCUCCGUAAGCGGCGCCUCAUCAGUCCCUCCACCACGAUCGGGCUGCGGGGACUGCAGAACCUGGGCUCCACCUGUUUCAUGAACUGCAUUGUACAAGCCCUGAUCCACACGCCUCUUCUCCGAGACUACUUCCUCGGUGAGAAGCACAAGUGCAAGUCCCAGGGCUCCGGCAAAUGCUUGGUGUGCGAAGUCUCCAAACUAUUUCAGGAGUUCUACUCAGGCGCGAAGACCCCGCUGACCCUCCACCGGCUGCUGCAUUUGAUCUGGACGCACGCGCGCCACCUGGCGGGCUACGAGCAGCAAGACGCGCACGAGUUCUUCAUCGCCACCCUGGACGUGCUGCACAGACAUUGCAUGAACGGCGUCGAAGAGCACGCCGAAAAGAAAGAGAACGGGCGCUGCAACUGCAUCAUCGACCAGAUCUUCACGGGCGGGCUGCAGAGCGACGUGGUGUGCACGUCCUGCUCCGGAGUCUCCACCACCAUCGACCCCUUCUGGGACAUCAGCCUGGACGUGGCCGGGCCCGGCUCGCUGCAGGCCUGUCUGGAGAGAUUCACCAGAGCCGAGCAUCUCGGCUCCGGAGCUAAGAUUAAGUGCUCAAACUGCCGAGCGUACCGUGAAUCGACAAAGCAGUUGACGCUCGAAACGCUGCCUAUAGUGGCGAGCUUCCAUCUUAAACGCUUCGAGCACUCCUCGCAGAUCGACAGAAAAAUCUCCACCUUCGUAUCCUUCCCGGCUGAACUAGAUAUGACUCCAUUCAUGUCGUCACACCGCCGAUCGGUGGAUAGUGGUGCGGCGGACAACAACAACGCGCCGGAAGGGAUAUUCGAGGAUAACCGCUACUCGCUGUUCGCUGUGGUGAAUCAUUUGGGUUCGCUGGACGCGGGCCACUACACGGCGUACGUGCGACAGAUGAAGGGCAGCUGGUUCAAGUGCGACGACCACAUGAUCACCAGGGCCUCGCUCAGGGAGGUUUUAGAUAGCGAAGGAUAUCUGCUCUUCUACCACAAGACUGUUCUGGAGUAUGAAUGUGAGAACUUAUAAGUUAACGUAUUUUAAAUACUAUGGUGUGACCUACGGCCUUCGUCAAAAGUAUUGAGUACCCAUUAUUCUUAUAUAAAUAUAUAAUAUAGGUAUAUUUAUAUAGUAAACAUUGGCGUUUAAUAUAGAAAAGAAUAUAUUCAUGAUGAAAACUUACUUAAUACAUAAAAACGCAUAAUUAACCUAAGAAAACGAGGCUUAAAAAACGGAUUAUCUAUGAAGUGUCUAGUUACCAUUUUUAGGGUUCCGUACCCAAAGGGUAAAAAAACAAUAUAAAGUUUCAAGUUUUGUAUAAGAUAAAGCAUGGGUGCUUAAUACUAUGGCUAAGUAGUGUACAUUUUUCUUGCACAAGGUGCAGGCUACUUACGCUAGCAAUAUCACCAACUGUACUUGUGCCAUCUUCAACUGCUAACUGACAAUGGGGUUGGCAACUGUCAAAAGUUUCCAUUGAUGGCGCCAUCAAAGCUUGCCCCUUUAAGAGAUUUGGCUUAAAAGUCUGGCAUCCAGGGCAUACAAUUCCAUUUAAAAAAAAAAUUGACAAUUCUAGGGGUUGACAGGGCAAGCUAUGCUGGCGCCAUCUGCUAAAUAAUUUGACCGGCCGACUCCAUUCCUAAGCCUUGAAAAGACAUGGCGUUAUUCAUAAACGCGUUGCUGGCCUGAAUUUGCUAUGAAUCGUUUGUCUUUAUCUGUCAUUUUGACUUAUGUAUUUGUAAGAAAGGGAUAAAACAUUUAACUAAAUCAUGCCCGUAAAGUUUUAUGAAUAGGGGGGUAAAGGUCCAUCUGUUAGUGAAUGUUCGAGUUGCAUAAUACAAUAUGCGCAAGCUAUGUGCGCCGUGUGCAAGCACAAUGUAUAAGCGCGUCGGAAGUUGGGAUAUGCUUUGAAUAUAAUUAUACAAAAAAGUAUACUUUUAGGUGUGUUGUAAUCUUUGAAUAACGGACGUGUAUCAAUAAAAUAUGCCAUUACAUUAUUGGACUGAGAUCUAUCUGUAUUACAGAUAUAUUAUGCUGUUUUCAGAAUAAAUCAAAUUUCUCGAGAUUAGUAUAGUUCGUCUUUUUAGCAUUAGAAAAAAAUUGUUUUUUGUAUUUUUUGGUUAUUUUUGUUGCUUGUAAAAAAAUUGACAUGUAAAAGUGCCCCUGUGGCCUAUUUGCUGAAUAAAUGUUUGAUGUUUGAAAGAAGGUAAGCGAUCUGGACGUGUCUUUUACCUUUUUUGUAAUGCUAAAAAAACGAACUUA